AGUUGCCCGGCGGAGGGGCCAGAGCUGUGCGCGGUGCCGACGGCGCCCCUGAGACAGCCCGCGGGAACCCGGACCCCGAGGAGCCCCUCGUCCUCGCCCGGCCUGACCAGGCCCUGCGCUAUGGAGUUCCUCUGGGCCCCGCUCUUGGGUCUGUGCUGCAGUCUGGCCGCUGCUGACCGCCACACCGUCUUCUGGAACAGUUCAAACCCCAAGUUCCGGGAUGAGGACUACACGGUACACGUGCGGCUGAAUGACUACCUGGACAUCAUCUGUCCGCAUUAUGAGGAUGACGCCGUGCCAGACGCUGCCAUGGAGCGGUACACCCUGUACCUGGUGGAGCGUGAGCAGUACCAGCUGUGCCGGCCCCAGUCCAAGGACCAGGUUCGCUGGCAGUGCAACCAGCCCACCGCCAAGCAUGGCCCGGAGAAGCUGUCGGAGAAAUUCCAGCGCUUCACGCCCUUCACCCUGGGCAAGGAGUUUAAGGAGGGACACAGCUACUACUAUAUCUCCAGACCCACCCACCGCCAGGAAGACGGGUGUUUGAGGUUGAAGGUGACUGUCGAUGGCAAAAUCACUCACAGUCCUCAGGCCCAUGCCAUUCCACAGGAGAAGAGACUUCCGGCAGAUGACCCAGAAGUACAGGUCCUACAUAGCAUCGGUCACAGUGCUGCCCCUCGCCUCUUCCCACUUGCCUGGGCUGUGCUGCUCCUGCCGUUCCUGCUGCUGCAGGCCCCAUGAGGGUGUAGGCCAGGUCGGGCCUAAGGAUCGGAGCGGGGUGAGGAGGCAGGGCAGAGGCAUCCCUCACCUGUCCUGGGAACCAUGCCCACCACAUGCACAAGCUGCCAUUCAGCAGCCUCAGAACGGGCCAGUAUUAAGGGUUUCAACCCAGAGGAGGUCAGCAAGCCUGGCAGUGCCAUCCCUGCCUCCACCCCGAGGGAUGGACAAAGAAGUGGGGACAGUCCUUUCCCCAUCAUUCCUGCCCUCAAGCCAAAGACACAAGCUGCGCAGACGUGGCCUCUUAAGAAGGGCACUGUGGAGGCCAAGCUGGAAGGAGCCUGGGGUCGUGCCGAGCGACACUGAGCUUGGCAGAGACGCCCCUCCAGAGAGAGCCAGGACACCCUGAUGAACUGACCGGCAGAGAAGCAUGAGACCAUUCAUGGUCGGGAGCCAGAGACAGGAAAGGCAGCAUGCUUGGGCUGACAGUGUCUCUCCCAAGGCUUCCGGAAGUCUUUGGAGCUGCCAUGAGAGAUUUGUAGCCAGGCACCGCAUCCUGCCCCAUCUGGGGGGAGCACUGCCCAGAGCGGUGCCCACAGGGGGGCUGUGCCACCCUGUGCCUAGAGUGUAGCUGCAAGGGCAGGGCCCACGCGUGCAGGAUCUGUAUAUAAACUUCAUGUGUGUCUGUGAUUUCUACAACUGGAAUUUUUUUAUACAAAAAAAUAAAGCGAUGUGUUUCUUUA